GAGGCGGGGCCAAGGCUUGGGGGAGGACCAAUGAACCCGGAUUACCAUGGCUUUGAUGAUGACCCAGUUAUGGACUUGUGGAACAUGCGCAUUGUCUUCUUUUUUAGCAUCUCCGUCUGCAUCGUCAUAGGCUUCACCCUGAUGCACUACAUGCCGGAUAACGGGAUGCAGGAGUGGGCCCGGCGUGAGGCAGAGCGGCUGGUGCGGCAGCGAGAGGCACAGGGGCUGCCUGUGCUGGACCCCAAUUACUACGACCCUAAGACACUGGUGUUCCCCCCUCAGGAUGAGGACUGAUAGCGCCCCCCU